GUAUAUAUAGAAAAACAUGGCCAACUACAGCAGGACUCCUGUUUUCCUGAAAUCUGAUUCAGUGUUAGGAGCUUUACUUCUGAAUACGAGUGCACAUGGAAACUUUGUGUAUGAUAUGGUUAUGUCCUGGAUGCAGAAUGUCAAUACCAAACAGGCUAUCGCAGGAUUAGAGUCAGAACAUGUAUUGUUGGGAGUUGACUUUUGGGAAUCACUAAAGAAUGGCAAUGUAUGGUGGAUUACUGUGCCUGGCGGUUUACAUGUUUUUACUUCUGAACAUGGUUUGGAUUUUGGGUCUGCUGCAGAAUAUGAUGAAUGGACUUUGUAUUAUAAACAUUAUGUUCAGUGUUUAGAGGAACAUUAUUCAUUGGUCACCACAGUAGAGGUGUCAGAACCGGCACAGGACUGGAUCAGUCAGGAGAUGAACAAACCUCAUAUCAGGACUCUCAAGGAAAUUUUCACUGAUGCUCAGAUCAGAAAUGGACUUCAAAUCCUCAAUGAGAGAGGUGAAACAGUGGAUUUUGCAAAGUUGUUACAAAUUUUGACCGAGAGAGAGGAUGCCAUGAUAAACGAUUACGUUGGUACGAGGCGGUACGCUUUCUCCAGAGAUGUUCAACUAGUUAUACAUGAAUGCCAUGAUAUUUAUGGAAGGGAGCCAACUCACGCAGAGUUUGAUUUUCAAUGGAACCGCAUCAAAGAACACCUAAUCAACCAGCUGGCUGAUAAAGACGUAGAGGUGACCAACAUCAACCGUGACAUGGACAGGCUCCAGGAAAGGGCUCGUCUUCUUAACAAUGAGGUUACCAUUGAGCAGGCUAGAGCUGUGCGGGAGAGGAACAGAGCAGAUCAACAACAUAGAGAGAAACUGGAUGCUUUAAAUGAUGUGAAUAUUGCAAUGGAGGCAAGAAACGAGGCCCAAGAGCUAGCUGAUGAGGCCAUAAACGGAAUAAUUCAGGAACAGAGGAAAGCCAGAGCAUUUGAGAUCAAAGCAGAGGAAGAAAGGGCCAGGUUAGAGAAGGAGAAGGAGGAAGUUAGUGUUAAGUUGGAGGAGAAGGAGGAAGAGAGGGCCAGGUUAGAGAAGGAGAAGGAGGAAGAGAGGGCCAGGUUAGAGAAGGAGAAGGAGGAAGAGAGGGCCAGGUUAGAGAAGGAGAAGGAGGAAGAGAGGGCCAGGUUAGAGAAGGAGAAGGAGGAAGAGAGGGCCAGGUUAGAGAAGGAGAAGGAGGAAGUUAGUGUUAAGUUGGAGGAGAAGGAGGAAGAGAGGGCCAGGUUAGAGAAGGAGAAGGAGGAAGAGAGGGCCAGGUUAGAGAAGGAGAAGGAGGAAGUUAGUGUUAAGUUGGAGGAGAAGGAGGAAGAGAGGGCCAGGUUAGAGAAGGAGAAGGAGGAAGAGAGGGCCAGGUUAGAGAAGGAGAAGGAGGAAGUUAGUGUUAAGUUGGAGGAGAAGGAGGAAGAG